AUGUGGGCGGCGGUCCCUCUCCUGCUCAUGCUGUCGCUGCUGGUGCUGCUGCUGCGGCUGUGGCGGCGCGGAGCGCUGCCGCUGGAACCGGCUGGCCGAGCCGUGCUCAUAACUGGCUGCGACAGCGGCUUCGGGCACUUGCUGGCGCUCCGCCUCCACCGCCUCGGCUUCACAGUCUUCGCUGGCUGCCUCUGCCCCAGCGGCGAGGGGGCGCGGCGGCUUCAGCGGGAGGCGGCAGUCGGCCCCGGCCACUUGCGCGUCCUGCGGCUCGAUGUCACCCGCGACCGCGACGUGCUGGCUGCCAAGGAGCUGGUACUCAGCCAUCUGCCCGAGCAAGGUUUCUGGGGACUUGUCAACAAUGCAGGAAUAUCAACAUUUGGUGAGACAGGGUGGCUGUCUAUGGAGAAGUAUGAAAAAUUUGCAGAUGUGAAUCUCCUUGGGAGCAUCAGGACAACCCUGGCAUUCCUUCCCCUUCUGAGGAAAUACAAGGGACGUAUUGUUUUCAUGUCCAGCGUUAUUGCCUAUUUUACUCUGGGAAAUGGCAUUUAUUCUAUGACCAAGGCAGCUAUUGAAAAAUUCUGUGAUGCUCUAAGACUGGAAAUGAAGAAGUUUGGUGUCCAGGUCUGUAUUAUUCAGCCGGGAAAUUAUGCACGCUCCACCCAAAUUCAGCCACCAGUCAGUGCCGAAGAGAUUUGGAAUGAACUCAGCGAAGAGGAAAAGGCAGUUUAUAAUAAGGAGUAUGUUCAAGAGCGGGCAAACUUCUUCAACAGCAUACUCAGUGAAGGAAGCCCUAAUGGCAGUGAGGUUGUAGAUGCUAUGGUAGAUGCUUUAAUGUCUCCUGCCCCCAAAGCACGUUACAUGGUAGCAAAGCUGAAGGAGAAAGCACUGGUGUUUGUGUGUACUUUAUUCCCGACUGUUGUGAUGGAUUCUGUUCUGUCUUAUGCACUGAGUAAGGUAAAACUUGGUACUGUUCAGUGACUCAGCCAGGCCUGAGUUUAAUGCCCCCAAGAACAGCAGGUUACUGUGUCAGAGACAUGAUGGAGACAAAACGGAGUAUAUCCCACAAGGCAACUGCACAUCUGAAAUCAUCAGAGCAGAGCUGGAAAUACCUUAUUAGUAGGAACCCAAGAAGCAAUUUAUUAGGGAUGAUGGGAGGAGUUAAUGGCAAAGUUAGGAAUCAGCAACAGAUCUUGGUAUACUUUGAGUGGAGUUAGGUGGCUGUAGAAAAUUAGGAUGAGUCAAGUAACAAAGUUGUAAGACGGAAACAGUGUCUUGGCGAACUACAGUUCAGCACAUUUUCGGGUGUCAUGGAUAAACCUUUUACAAAGCCACUACAUCAUGGAAAAUAAGGAGUACAUUUCAUUUACAGAUGAGCAUCCCAGUCCUAAAUAAAUUCUGUCUUUUAUGAAAUGUCUGGAUUAAUCAGUGUAUUAACCUAAAGUGUAGUCAGUGCUGCACACCAUGGUGACUGAUACCCAUAUGCAGUAGCUUAGAAAGCACCAUCAGCCUGGAGCUCUGUUCUUGCUACUAUUAUAAGGGAUAAGGUCUGAUGAGAAAAAAAAUCUCUAUUAACAUAAACAGGAAAACUUCACUAAUGUGUAUUGAUGAUAGUAAUUGAGCACAGUGGGUUCACUAGCAGUUUCCCACUAACUCUUGUGGAAAAGAUUGCUGAUUUAUACAUACACAGUUUUAAAUAUGGCUUGGUUGUGGCAUAGCACAAAAUCCAGAACUGUGGGACUAAAAGAUCCCAGAAUAUCCAAGAUCAGCUGUGGUAACAGCAUCAUGGAGCAUUAGCUUACUCUGUGCCAGGUCUGCCAUAUCAAACUGAAGGCUCUGCUGUAAGCUGACCUACUUGUUUUUGGUCUGAGUCAGAAAUUUCAUCCUAUACCUAGGAAGUCUUUCCUAAUGUAUUUAAUUAAUUAAUGGGAGAAAUUACUUUCUCUUGUGGUGGGUAAUUGGGCAGUCUGAGACAGAAACUCAGUGAGAUAGCAUUGUUUAGAGGACAAGACAGCUCCCACCUGGUCCCCUGCUCAUCAACAGCAAGAUUAUCAGAUGAUUAUCAUCCACUCUCCUCAUUUAACCACAACUAAGCAAGGCCAAGCAAGGGAAUAGCAACAAGGCUUAUUCCAACUGAACCAAUUGGUUUCUUAUAUGGGACUUCCCCUUGCUUGACCUCAAGGAUUUCAGCAGCCUUACAUUGCUUUGGAAGAGUUGCUUUUACGCUCUCAGCCAUUCUUUGUGCAGAUUACCCUUCCUUACAGUUAAGUAGGCACUGAACUCAAGAAGCAGCUUUGAAACGCAGAUGUUUUUUUCAUCAGGCCCAGGAGAUGUGUUUUGCUCUGCCUUAGA